AUGACCGUUCCCAACAAGGACGCGCCGAUAACCUUAUACGCCGAACUGCUUUCAAACAUCCGGCAGGUAUCCAUUGCAGCGACGUUACCCUUGCCAUCAAAUGCGACCACGAGGGCCAGAAUCAGCCAUCACGGGCAGCGUCUAUGCCUCGAGCAUGACGGCCAAGCCGAGACCCUCGACCUGCCCGGCACGGUAGCCGGGCCGUCUCACCUGCCAGUUGCUCAAAAGACGUCUUGUGAUCUGACGUGGCGGUUGCCCCUGUCGCAAACGUCAACACCGCUGCCUCAAUUCUCCCUGGAGAACCAAACCGCUCCAUGGGCUGCCGUGGACCUCGAAAGCGGAUCCGGCGUUUGGUGUCGCGCCUGUAACACUACCUUCCUACCACAAGGGGUCAUCAAGCACUGGAAGGAUUUGCCGAGUGAAAACUGGGCUGAGAUGAUGGAGUUUUGGCACUGCCACAAACCGCACCAUCAGGGCCAGCACCAGGACGAUGCCCUCCCAGACAAGGGAUACGGUGCCAACAGCACGAUUACCGCCCAAACCGGAAUUGGCUUUGUCGACAUGACUUCGUUCAUGUUUGACCAUGGCGACUGCCGAAAUCUGCUGUUCUCUACUUCAGGUGCCGAAACCUCAAAGUGCAGUUCCGAACCUCUGGUGUACUCGACUCAUCCAGGAAAGUUUCUGCAGAUACUCUGCAACAAAUGCACCGCGGAAGUUGGCGAGUUCAGCAAGCGAGUGGGCUCCGUAUCGCUAUUUAAGUGGCAAGUCAAUUGCAGCACCAAGACGCCUGCAGAACCCGCGCCAACCGGGCCGGAGUGUUUGGCAGCGUCUCUCCUUGCCAACAUUUCCAGGUCAGGUUGUGCAAAAUCCUUGAUAUCUUCGCACCUGUCUGAAGGAAACCAGGAUUCGCAACUGCUACUUUUCCUCUGGGUCUUGAACUUCAACGUCGUGUACUCGUCGUCCUCUGCCGGCGGCAAAAGGACGGCAAUGAAGAUCCUAUACCGACAAGUGACCUCACAGGAUGGGAAAAGACUCGUGGAAUCUAUAGCUUCUGACGUGCAGGAACUGAACCUUCCAAGUGCCACCAUUCACCUGGUUCGGCACGCUCUGGAGUCGAGUAGCUUGUUGCUCCCGGAAAGAGAGAGAUGCUUCAAGGAAUGGCAUGUCGGCCUUCUAGACAGAUGGAAUAAUAACUUUUAG